GUGGGCGUGGUCGCAAUGGUUGUGCUGGUGGUUAUGGGAGUGUGUGGCUGUGGAAAGUCGACUAUUGGCAAGGCUUUGGCUAUUGAGUAUGGAGUUGAGUUUUGUGAUGCUGAUGACGUCCAUCCUGCCAGUAAUGUGGAGAAGAUGAGACGAGGGGAAUCUUUAACUGAUCUGGAUCGCCUACCCUGGUUGCAGCUACUGCACACUCGACUAGCCUCGUGGGAGAGUGGGCGUUGUGACAGUGUGAGGGGUGUGAGUGGUGUGAUGGCGUGCUCUGCUCUCAAGCAACAAUACAGAGAUAUUCUAUCCGGACAUAAACAAUCUGACACAAACCAGACUAUCUUUGUUUACCUCCGAGGUACUCGUGAAGUUAUACUGGAGCGGUUGUCGACAAGGAGAGGCCAUUUCAUGCCAUUGUCACUACUGGACUCUCAGUUGAGUGAUUUAGAGGAGCCGUGGCAUUCAUGCGUGACAGUGGACAUUACAGGAGACAUUGAUAGUGUAGUAGCUAGAGUCAAGGAACAAGUGGACUUGCAUGUGCUACACUAGUUAGUGCAUGCGUGUUAUUUCUGCUUAAUUUUAAUUUUUCAAUUGUGAUUAAAUGAUUGAAGUGAUUUUACCCAAAA